GAACCAUGGCCACUGUUCCUCAGAAUAACCUACAGGAGCAGCUCCAGCGUCAUUCUGCCAGAAAACUUCAUAAUAAAUUAAGUGUUUCCAAACCAAGAUCUUCAGGUUUUACUUUUAAAAAGAAAUUAUCUUCAGCCAGCGAUGUCUCUGUGACCACUGUCUCAGCAGCAGAGACACCCAAGUUAAGUGAUAAAGAUGUCAACAUUAGUUUGGUAUUUCCCAGUGAGCCCACUCUGCCCAUCUCCAGUCAACCAAUGAGGGUCAGUAACUUGAAUGCUCCGGAGAGCCAGCGAGGCAAGACAGUUGAUUCAGAGCCAUCAUUGCAGGAAAUGUUGUCUGCUCCACCAGAGGAAUCAUAUUCAACACAGAACACGCCGUUUAUAAAGGAACCCCGUGAUGCUACUUUCAAGAAAUUAGAAUUUAGCUCUUCUUCAGAUUCUUUUCUUACCACCGCUGGUUGGGAUGAUAUGGAUGAUUUUGAUAUUUCUGGAGAUUCAAAAGCAUUUAUUACCCCAUCCAGAAAUCACUUCAUAAAAGUUAGCACUGCUCAGAAAUCAAACAAAUCUAAGAGAAACCUUUCAAAGGCACCACUUCAUAAAACAAAUACAUUAAAGGCUUAUUUCACUCCUUCCUCCCCUGAAAGCAUGCAACAGAGAGAUGAUUCAGAAUGGUUAAAUAGCGAUGUGAUUUGCAUUGAUGACCUCCAUUCCAAAGAGCUUAUAGAUGAAGAUGUUCAGGAGAGUCAGUAUUUGAAAACUCCUUUCAAAGAGGAAAAAGGUAAUAAGGAAAAGAAAAACUUAGAAGUAAGGGAAUUACAUUCAAAUGAGAAUUCUCCAUGUCUUGAGCUGAAUGAAGAUGAUUGCGGUGUAGAUUUUGUUCCACCUUCUCCAGAAGGAAUGCUCUCUAGCUCUUCUUCCUCUUUAAAAUGCUCUAGUAUAUUAAAGGACCUUGACACAUCUGAAGGAAAGGCAGGUCAUCUUAGCAUGUCAGAGGGCUUGUCCAAACCUGAGAAAAGGACUACGCAGCAAUCUAACCAAGGUAACAGCACAGAUUGUGAGAUGAAACAGAGUUUACAGCAGCAGCUUAUAUGUGUGAUGGACCACAUCUGUAAAUUAGUCGACACAAUUUCUGCUGAUGAACUUAAAACUUUGAGUUGUGGCAAUGAACUACUUCAGCAACGAAACCUCAGAAGGAGACUCCUACUUGAAGCAGAUUUCAGUCCCAGCGAUGCCACUGUUUGCUCAGGGUGGCAGUGCAGGCCUGGGUCCCUCGGCAGCCCUAUGGAGGGUGCAGCACCUGUUUCCUCACCUUCUGCCCAUCCUUCAGAGAAGUCUGUUAAGGAAUGGAGUUUUCUACAACUUCCCUCGAAUUCUGUUACUCCGGGAGAAUGUUUACAGACAACAACCUCAACAAAAAACAUACUCUCAGCUACUAUGAAGAAUUACCCUGAAAAAACGUUACUCAAUUCCCAUAUACAGAGGUCCUCUGUGAGCAGCAACUGCGUUGAAUCACCAAGGCCAGAAAAAAGAAACGAAAGUUCUUAUUUCCCUGGGAAGGUUCUCACAAGCACUGCUGCUAAAGAUCGGAAUAAACAUGCCACUUCUGUAACAGACUCAGAGAGAGAAACGAAGGCUUUCUCUGAUAUGGACAAUUUUGAAAUAGAUGACUUUGAUGAUGAUGAUGACUGGGAAGAUAUAAUGCAUAAUUUAACAUCCAGCAAAACUUCUACAGCUGCCUAUCAGCCCAUUAAGGAAGGGCAGCCAAUUAAAUCAUCAGAAAAAAUUACUCCAGCCAAAACAAAUUGUCUUCCAGUGGCAUCUACUGCUCAAAAUAAAAACUUUUCAGGGUCAAUUCAGAGUUACACUGACAAGUUGGCGCAAAAUUUGACACCCAGAAAUCUGAAGCAUGAGCAUUUCCAAAGCCUUAGUCUUCCUCACACAAAAGAAAUGAUGAAGAUAUUUCACAAAAAAUUUGGACUGCAUAAUUUUAGAACUAAUCAGCUAGAGGCGAUCAAUGCUGCAUUACUUGGUGAAGACUGUUUUAUCUUAAUGCCCACUGGAGGUGGUAAAAGUCUGUGUUACCAACUCCCUGCCUGUGUUUCUCCUGGGGUCACUAUUGUCAUUUCUCCCUUGAGGUCACUUAUAAUAGAUCAAGUCCAAAAGCUGACUUCCAUGGAUAUUCCAGCUACAUAUCUGACAGGUGAUAAGACUGACUCAGAAGCAACAAGUAUUUAUCUUCAAUUAUCAAAAAAAGAUCCAAUUAUAAAACUUCUAUAUGUUACUCCAGAGAAGGUGUGUGCAAGUAAUCGACUGAUUUCUACUCUGGAGAAUCUGUAUGAAAGGAAGCUGUUGGCACGUUUUGUAAUUGACGAAGCACAUUGUGUCAGUCAGUGGGGGCAUGAUUUUCGCCAAGAUUAUAAGAGAAUGAAUAUGCUUCGCCAGAAGUUUCCUUCAGUUCCAGUCAUGGCUCUUACUGCCACAGCUAAUCCCAGAGUACAGAAGGACAUCCUCACCCAGCUGAAAAUUCUCACCCCCCAGGUGUUUAGUAUGAGCUUUAAUAGACAUAAUCUGAAAUACUACGUACUGCCAAAAAAGCCUAAAAAGAUAGCAUUUGAUUGCUUAGACUGGAUCAGAAAACAUCAUCCACAUAACUCAGGGAUAAUUUACUGCCUCUCCAGGCGAGAAUGUGACGUAGUGGCUGACACCCUACAGCGAGAUGGUCUUGCUGCUCUUGCUUACCACGCUGGCCUCAGCGACUCUGCCCGUGAUGAAGUACAGCACAAGUGGGUUAACCAGGAUGGUUGCCAGGUUAUCUGUGCAACAGUUGCAUUUGGAAUGGGAAUUGACAAGCCUGAUGUGAGGUUUGUGAUCCAUGCGUCUCUCCCUAAAUCUGUGGAGGGGUACUACCAGGAAUCUGGCAGAGCUGGGAGAGACGGGGAAAUAUCUGACUGCCUGCUUUUCUACACCUAUCACGAUGUGACCAGACUGAAGAGACUCAUAUUGAUGGAAAAAGAUGGAAACCGUCAUACAAAAGAAACGCACUUCAAUAAUUUAUAUAGUAUGGUACAUUACUGUGAAAAUAUAACAGAAUGCAGGAGAAUACAACUUUUGGCUUAUUUUGGUGAAAUUGGAUUUAAUCCUGAUUUUUGUAAGAAGUACCCAGAUGUUUCUUGUGAUAAUUGCUGUAAAACAAAGGAUUUUAAGACAAGAGAUGUUACUGAUGAUGUGAAAAAUAUUGUAAGAUUUGUGCAAGAACAUAGUUCAUCACAAGAAAGGAGAAAUACAAAAUAUGCAGGUCCUUCUGGGAGAUUUACCAUGAAUAUGCUGGUUGAUAUUUUCUUGGGAAGUAAAAGUGCAAAAAUCCAGUCUGGAAUAUUUGGAAAGGGAUCUACUUAUUCACGACACAAUGCCGAAAGACUUUUUAAAAAACUAGUGCUUGAUAAGAUUUUGGAUGAAGACUUAUACAUCAAUGCUAAUGAUCAAGCAAUUGCCUAUGUGAUGCCUGGACAUAAAGCUGAAGCUGUACUAAAUGGGCAUCUAAAGGUAGACUUUAUGGAAACAGAAAAUUCUACCAGUGUGAAGAAACAGAAAGCUUUAGUGGCAAAGGUAUCUCAGAGGGAAGAGAUGGUUAAGAAAUGUCUUGGAGAACUUACAGAAGUCUGCAAAUCUCUGGGGAAAGUCUUUGGAGUCCACUAUUUUAACAUCUUUAAUACUACUACUCUGAAGAAGCUUGCAGAAUCUUUAUCUUCGGAUCCUGAGGUUUUGCUUCAAAUUGACGGUGUUACUGAAGACAAACUGGAAAAAUACGGCGCUGAAGUGAUUGCAGUGUUACAGAAAUACUCAGAGCAGGCAUUGCCAGCUGAGGACACUUCUGCAGAGAUGAACCCUUCCUACAGCAGGGGCCCUGGACAGAAAUCCCCUGAAGAGUCUGAUGAGGAAGCACCCAUAUCCUCUCACUACUUUGCAAAUAAAGGGAAAAAUGAAAGGAAAAGGAAAAGGAUGCCAGCCUUCCAGAGGUCUAAGAGGAGGAGAAGUGGUUUCAGUGGUUCCAGAACAAAAGGGAGUUCUACCACAUGCAGAAAGCCAUCGUCAAGAACUAGAUCCACCAACAGUUCUGGAUCCCCUUCAGCUUUUCAGGCGGCAUUGGGAGCCAAUAGGAAAUUGGGGAUUAUGGCUCCACCAAAGCCCAUAAAUAGACCAUUUCUUAAACCUUCGUAUGCAUUUUCAUAACAACCAGAUCUCAAUGUACACGGAUGUUCUUUCUUGUUUGUCAGCAUCUGACCAUCUGUGAAUAUAAAGCUGUUCGUUUUGUUUUGCGAUUUGUAAUUUUUACCCGUAUCUAUUAAUAUUUAAAUAAAUGCUUAGGGUGACAGUUCUUAUUUUUAAAAUAAAUGUUUUCUUUUGAAUAAGCCUGAUUUGCUGCCACUGCAAACCUUGUGGCCGUUUUUUUUUUCUCAGAAUGUCUGAGGCAGCAGCUGAAUCAUCUCAGUAAAAUUCUCAGUACAAUGUGAAACAGAAGCCGAAGAAGGUGUGUUAGGACACAAAACGUAAAAUACUUUGGAGAAAACCGUGGAAA